AUGCUUGUGCGCAACGUGCUCACUCAGCCUGGGGCGCUCAACUUCCUGAGCAAGAUAAGGAAUGCUGGGUCUCUCGAUGCCCUGUACGUCAGCGGGAUGCUCCGCUUCUACUCAACGGAGGAGUACGGCAUCGGGGCUGACAUGCUCGUCGCGGCUGCGGAAGCAGGUCACGGUCCUGCGCUCUAUGAGUGUGGACUGAUACUGUCCCAUGGGAGCGGAGGCGACAAGCUCGAUGUUUGUCUCAGUUCGGCCAAUGAGCUCCUGUACAGGGCCGCGGUGCAGGGGUACGACCAAGCUGCAAUCGAGCUGGCCAUGCGCAUCCGGAACGGCUGGGGGUUCCAGAAGGACCGGCAGCUCGGCUCCAAGAAUGCUGCCGGGGUUCCCUACUGGAACGCACAAGGGGGCAACUUUCGGAUCGAGCGGCGGCUGCGAUCGGGAGUCGACGUGUCAUUCACCUUUGCUAUCCAGGAGGAUUUUUCGCUGGUCGUUUUACGAAGUAUCGCGGCAGGACCGCUCGAACCUUGCAUCGGCUUUGCCCCCGCAGAAGAUGAUGAUGAUGAACCGGAUACGACACUGGUAUGA